GCGCAGUGCGCAAGUCAAGGGUGAGGCUAGUAAAUAGUCAGGGGUCUGCGGAGGACGAGGCUAAUAGUAAAUAUCUCUCUCUGCACCCUCUAAAAUGGCAUCGCUCGACGCAAAGAUAAGCGAUAUCGACAUAGCAGAGAUAGCGAAGAACAUAGUUGACUGGAAGGACCUCUCGCCGUAUCUGGGGUUGAAUGCCGCAGAACAAAAAGUAGUGGAGAAAGGUGGCAGCAAUUAUCUACAACAGGCAUGCGGGGCCCUCCGGAAAUGGCAACAGAAGAAUGGAGACGAUGCAACCUAUAGAGCAUUCAUCGCAGUGGCGACUAAGGCCGGUGAUAAGAAGCUGGCCGACUACGUGAAGAGUCUUGUGGGCGAAAUUAUUGAUGAUGGUGGAGAGUCAGGUGCAACCACUGGCAGGGGAUCGUCAAAACUUGCUAUGACGUGCUACACUGAUUGGAUGACGUUAAUUGAGAAGAAAGAUUACAGCAGAGCUGCUGCGCUUUGGGUUAAGUGUAAGCAAGAUCUCUGGGCACAAGGACAGGAGCUCAAAGUGAAAUUCCCCGCUGGAGAUGUACCACCUACAUGGAAGAAUGACAGUGAUCACUAUAUCAGGAAAGAAGAAAUUGUUCAUAUUGCCAACGAGUGGCACCGAUGUGGUGUUGAAGCAGGCCGAGAUGUUGUGCCUAAGUUUGUGGAAUGCGGUUUUGGCGAGAUUCCUGAUAUUGAAGUGGAGUAUGCUGACGGUGUUUCAGAGUCAGAAGUUGGUACAGAUGCAAUCGGAGGUCGCCUAGUAUGA